AUGAUUCUCCGAGCGUUACUAGCCUGUGCCCUCGUCACCGCAACCUAUCAAAAGGUCUUGGAAGAAAGCGCAUUAGCAGAAAGGAGUCAAUAUGAUGACGGAACAAAAACUUCUAUUCCAAUGUCUGCAAAGGAUGGCGUGGAACUGAUGCAACAUUGGAUGGACCAGGCUUUUUCCGGGCUAAUGGCCGCCGUCGCGACCAAGAAGCUCGCAAAUCUUAAGCCAGAAUACCGGAAGAAGGCGCAUGAGUGCAACAAAAAAGCGCAUAGUGUAGAAGAGCAUGCGGACUGUGUGGUGCUCGUGCUGGACAUGGCCAAAGAUCCGGCAAAGAAUAUUGUUAAUGAAAGAGCCAAUCAAACCAUUACCAUCGAAGCGCCAAAACAAACUCCACCUCCGAAAUUGACCCAAACCCCAAAGCUGCAACCGAAGAAGCGCAAAGCAAAACUCAACCACCUAAAACUCGCCCUCACCAAGUCAAAACUACCCAAAAUUCGCCGAGUUGCCAAGUUUUCCGGAAAGUCGAGGGAAGCCAAGGGCAAAAAGUUGGGCGUCUCGAGAAAAAGAAAAACAACAAAACGUAAAAGACGCGUCAAGAAAAUUUUGAAGUCCAAAAAGAAAGUGGUGGAUGUUCAUGACGAUGGAUUAGAGGACUUCUACGCGCAUCACCGCGUCGAGAAGCAUGAUAACUUUGACGAGUCGUUGAGACGGGCCAAGAGAUCGAUUCAUAAUCGGGACCACUACUCGCUGCGCCAAAAAUCUGACCAAACCCCUCUGGGGAUAAUUUCAAGGCAGGUCGCCGCUGCUGUCCGAAAAAUGAAGGGCAAAGAUGAUCCGGAAGUGCAAAAUUGGCGCACCGUCAUCUACGAGAUAAUGGGAAAAGCAAAGGAGCUGAAGAUGCGCGAAAAGAUGAGGAGAAUGAUGGACAGGAGGAAUAACUAUUACCGGAAUGCCGGAAAAGAAGCCGAUGAGAUGGACGUCGCGCUCGACCCGCAUCGAGCGUUGGCUAUGCCCGUUGGUUUU